CCGUCUUGUUUCCACAACUUCUCCUCACUUGUGGCUCCUUCCAGGGACGGAGCCGAGGAACCGGGAAGGGAGGUCCAAGGCCGCCCUCCUCCUAACUCUGUCUGGGCCUCCUGAGUCGUUGGCGGUGCUGCGGCUCCCUCGGCCCCUCGGUUUUCUUCCCGGCGAAAAGGGAGCCACGAACUUGUGCGUGAGGUGCCUUGCGGUGUCGUGGGCCCGCGCGGGGACUCCUGGCGCAGGGGUCUUGGCUCGCUCGCGUCUGGGCUGGUGACGCGUAGUGGCGGUGGAGCUGUCCAGCAGCAGUGCCCGGAUCACGUCGGGGACACGGUAGGGCGCACGGCGGCAGGACCUGGAAAUCGUGGCCCCGGGCCUGUGGUGGCUCAGCUCGUGCAACCCUCUGUCCUUAAUGCGGAUUGCGUAUCUGGUUUAUGGUGAAACAUUAUAGUAACUUCUGGAGAUACGGAACAGAACAUGAGUUUAGGAAUAUGAAGCAGAGGAGAGAAAAGCCCCGAGAUGCAGAAGAGCAGCAGUACCUGGCAACACAAUGAGCACGGAAGGAGGAAAUUGGAUGAACCUUCGGGAUGCUGAGACAGGGAAGAUACUUUGGCAAGGAACAGAAGACCUGUCCAUCCCUGGAGUGGAACAUGAAGCCCGUGUUCCCAAGAAAAUUCUCAAGUGCAAGGCAGUAUCUCGAGAAUUGAACUUCUCUUCAGCAGAGCAAAUGGAAAAAUUCCGCCUGGAACAAAAAGUUUACUUCAAAGGGCAAUGCCUAGAAGAAUGGUUCUUCGAGUUUGGCUUUGUGAUCCCUAAUUCCACAAACACCUGGCAGUCCCUGAUAGAGGCAGCGCCUGAGUCCCAGAUGAUGCCCGCCAGCGUGCUAACUGGGAAUGUUAUCAUAGAGACAAAGUUUUUUGACGACGAUCUUCUUGUAAGCACAUCCAGAGUGAGACUGUUCUACGUUUGAGAGAAGAAUGUAUGUGCAUUUCAAGAAUUUGGGUUUUGUGGGGGGAAGGAGGAAACUGUUUACUUUUUUCCUCCACACAUUUAUUUUGACAUUUCCACCCCUAAUUCCCUCUACGACAAAACCUAUCUGUGGCCACCAGGGGACCAGCUCUGUGUGGGUAACCAGAUGGCUUUCUUCCCUCAAGCUGCCGUCUUCGUUGACCAGACUUAACUCCCCACCUCAGACCAGGGCAGAGGGCCCGCCUGGACUCUAUCCCAGGGUAAACGCGGGGUAGACACACCGGAGCCAAUGCUCCUCCGUCACCUUCCCUGCCUCCUCCUCGGGCCCUGCAGGAGACAGAGCUUCCUCUGGCCCUUGGCUUUGGAAAAUUCAUGUUCUUGACCCACGUUUAGCCUUUUCCUACCGUUUCUAUUUCAUACAUUCUCAUACAUUUAACUUGUAAAAUAGACUGUGAUAUUAUUAUGUAAUGAAUUGAAACAUAAGAAUUAAAAUAUUCCUACAGUC